AUGAGAGAAUAUAAAGUAGUCGUACUUGGUCCAGGUGGUGUAGGUAAAUCAGCAUUAACGGUACAGUUCUGUCACUCAAAAUUCGUUGAAAAAUAUGAUCCAACUAUAGAAGACUUUUAUCGUAAAGAAAUUGAAGUUGAUGGCGAACCUGCUUAUUUGGAAAUUCUCGAUACUGCCGGUACUGAACAAUUUGCAUCUAUGCGUGAUCUUUACAUAAAAAAUGGUCGUGGAUUUCUUGUUGUAUUUAGUUUAACAUCUUGGCAAUCAUUUCUUGAUGCUCGAACUGUUCGUGAACAAAUACUUCGUGUUAAAGGUACGGAGAAUGUACCUAUAUGUCUUGUUGGAAAUAAAUGUGACGCAUCUAUACAACGUCAAGUAACACCCGAUGAUGCACUUGCAUUAGCACAAGCAUGGACAUGUCCUUAUGUUGAAACAUCAGCAAAAUUAGCUAUUAAUGUUAAUGAUACAUUUGCUGAAAUUGUACGUGAAAUAAAUACAAGAAUGAAAACAAGAAAGACAAAAACUAAAAAUAAAAAAAAACAUCGAUCAUUUUUUCGACGUUAUUGUUGUUGCUGUUGUUCAUCAUCGUGA